UAUUGAACGAAAACAGAACAACAACAACACACUCGUCACUUUCGCCCUCGGAGUGAUCGAUGAUCUCAAUCUCAUGUGGGCUUGUCUCGUCCACCCAAGCAAAUAUUAUAAAUAAAAAAUAAACUCGAUCGGCUACAACUAAAUCAACCACUUGAUUUUUUGUAUACCUUUUUUUUUUUUUAAUUUGUUGUAAUUUUUUCAUACACCCAAUCUCCCGUGUUGGAGAAAAAAAGGAGUUAGUUUUUUUCUUUAAUUUGCUUUUAAAGGUUGAAUCUUUUUACAGACCCCUUCUCUAGUUUCGUAACCUCCCCUUAUUAGUUAGUUCUCAAGCUUACUGGGGUUUUUUUUUUUUGGUGAGAAUGAUGACGUCAUCUCGAAACAUUGAUUUAGGUACGAUGAUGAUGGCAUGUGGUUGCGGCCGUCGUCAGUUUCUUCCUUUUGGCAAGACUGUUUGUAAGUUUGGUAGCAGCAGCAAUAGAAGCAGCUACUAUGGCGGUGGGAAUCUUGUUGGGAGUUGCAAAGCCGUGCCGACAAAACCAAAGGAGAUCUCUUUGCUCAAUGGUAUUGGUCAAGCUCAAACAGUGACUUUUGAUUUGAAGCCAGAACCAAAACAGCCAAUUUCAUUGACAAAUCUGUUUGAGGUAGUAGCUGAUGAUCUGCAGACUUUGAAUGACAAUCUUUUAUCGAUUGUUGGUGCAGAAAACCCGGUUUUGAUAUCUGCGGCUGAGCAGAUAUUUGGAGCUGGUGGUAAAAGAAUGAGACCAGGUUUAGUAUUCCUUGUCUCACGUGCCACAGCAGAGUUGGCUGGCCUCAAGGAACUUACAACUGAACACCGGCGUUUGGGUGAGAUCAUUGAGAUGAUUCACACGGCAAGCUUGAUACACGACGAUGUGUUAGAUGAGAGUGAUAUGCGUAGAGGAAAGGAAACAGUUCACGAGCUUUUCGGUACAAGAGUAGCAGUGUUAGCUGGUGAUUUCAUGUUUGCUCAAGCAUCAUGGUACUUGGCAAAUCUUGAGAAUCUUGAAGUUAUUAAGCUCAUCAGUCAGGUAAUUAAAGACUUUGCAAGCGGAGAGAUAAAACAGGCGUCGAGUUUAUUUGACGUUGAUACUAAGCUCGAAGACUACUUACUCAAGAGUUUUUACAAGACAGCAUCUUUAGUGGCUGCAAGCACCAAAGGAGCUGCCAUCUUCAGCAGAGUCGAGAACAAUGUGACAGAGCAAAUGUAUGAGUUUGGGAAGAAUCUCGGCCUCUCUUUCCAGGUAGUUGAUGACAUAUUGGACUUCACUCAGUCUACAGAGCAGCUUGGGAAGCCAGCAGGGAGUGAUUUGGCUAAAGGUAACUUAACCGCUCCUGUGAUUUUUGCUCUGGAGAAGGAGCCAAGGCUGAGAGAGAUCAUUGAGUCUGAGUUUUGUGAGGUGGGUUCACUGGAAGAAGCUAUUGGAUUGGUGAGUGAAGGUGGGGGAAUCAGGAGAGCACAAGAGUUGGCUAGGGAGAAAGCUGAUGACGCGAUAAAGAAUCUGCAGUGCCUGCCUCCAAGUGGCUUUAGGUCAGCUCUAGAACAAAUGGUGAUGUAUAAUCUCGAAAGAAUUGAUUAGCUUUUCCAAAAGAAGUUAGAAAGAUUGAGAGACAUGCUUAUUAUAGACUUAUAGUAGUACAGUAAAACACACACAAAUGAUGAUUUGGCUGCCAUAUACAGAGAGUGUAACGUGGUGAAAAUCGUUGAUGUUUCUAUAUGUAGCAAAAUUGACCAUUACAUUAUUCAUC